AUCUUGUUGGAUAUUUUAGCUUGGGGAAAAAACUUUCUUUUGAGUGCCAUUUUGGCCCUUCUUGUGUUUCCCCUCUUAGCUGCUGUUGUCAUUUGGGUAUCUCUUAAUAGAUUUAACUAGGAGUAAAUUUCUCAAUCUGUGUGUUUUUCUCUCUGACCUAACAGUUUCUCAAGGUUUUUAAUUUAACUUGGAUUAAUUUUUCUCUCAGAUGUCCUGGUGCCCUCUUUCCUUGGUUGCCUGUAUAUUUUUCAGAUUCUUUUGUUUGUUUUUCUGGUAAUUUUGAGAAUGCUUUUAUUUGUUAAUGAAAAAUAUUCUGAAUUCUAAUGAAGGAGAAGUAGAUUAGGACAUUUAUUGGAAGACAGAGUAGAAGUAACUGCUUAAGAAUUUUGCAGAUAUAUGGAGGAAAAGCAUGGCUUUGUAGAUGUGAGAUUCUCUUAUUGUUUCUGUAUUAAAGUUAUUGAAAAAUAAAAAAGCUAUUGCAGGUAAUCAAAGCAGUUUUGAAAAUUCAGUAUUUUGUGGUUCAAUUUUAAAUGUAAAUUAUUAGUGUCUUCUAAUUGUACUAUAGUCAUAUAGUUAGCUGAUUUUACAUAAUGAUUGGGUGCUAUCUAGAACUACAGGGGGGUUAAUGGAAAGCUUUGCAUUCGGGAUGAUUGUUCUGUUGCAUAUUUGAUCUGCAGCGGCAGGUAUGAUUCUGUAACUGGUAAUUAUUGUAGAUAUACACAAUAACUGUUCUGUUUGCUUGUAAUUAGGAGGAAACCAUCAAUGCAAAAUCUACCAGUGAAGAAACCACCUGUCAAUUUUGUCCUGUAGAUGCCAAGGAAGAACUCUUGAAGGAAUGUACCAGUAUUUGGAAGGAGUUGGAAGAGUGUCAAAGCAAGCUAAUGUUUCUAGAAUUAGAAACACUGCUACAAUCAGAUACCAAGCUUGCCAUGUUAAUGCUGCAAUGGAAAGCUUUAACAGGAGAUUUGGAAGAGUGGCAUGAGAGAAGUCCUGAAACAAUUUCUCCUAAUCCAGAUGUACUGUUUAAAUUAGGAAAAGAAGAGUUGCAGAAAAUAAAGAAUGAUCUUGAAAAGGUGCUAUCAGUAGUUUGCUCAAAGAAUAAACAACUAGAAGAAGAUCUGGAAAGAGAGCAGCAGUGGUAUGAGGAACAGGAACAGGUGCUAAAUACUCUUAACAGAAUUGAAGAAGAGACAAAACCCCAAGUUGAACUACUUCAUGAAACAAGAGGAUUGGAGGAACUGCAAAAUAAAAUGUUGAAAUUAAAGACCUAUAAGAGAGAACUGCUGAGUGCACUGGGUGAAUUCCUGGAUGAACAUUUUCCUCUUCCACAGGGUGGUGGAAGUGCUAUAAAGAAGAACUUUUCUCCAGGGCCAGCUGUAGAACUGCUAGCAUUGCAAGACAUUUUACAGAUUCUGAUAGAAAAAUUAAUGGCCACACCACAUGAACCUUAUGUAACAAUCAAUGAGUCAUUUUGGCCACCUUACAUUGAGCUGCUGCUGCGAUUUGGAGUGGCCCUGAGACAUCCAGAAGAUCCAAACAGAAUGCGCCUAGAAGCUUUUCACAAGUAGUGUGACCUACAUAUGUACUUCAAAACAAAAUAACACCAGUACUCUUAAUUCAGGGAUAGGACGUACUUAGGCAUCAUAAAAAAUUUCUGUUAUAUUGACAGUCGCUUCUUUUUGAAUGAUUAUUUUUCUAUUUUUUUGAAAAGUGUGAGAUAUGGCAAAAGAAAAAAAGUGUCUU